AUGAGGCUGCGAUUGGUCGGGCUGUCGGAGCACCCUCAAACUGAGCUGAGUAGGCUGUCGAGGGCGGAGGGGUGUGCUUCACCCCGAGCACCACUCGAGGGUUGUUUAAUUAUUCCGAAGGCGUCUUCUCCCGGACGGGAGAUGAAGUCCGAGGAGGCUGAGAGCGCGCGGUCUCCGCCGCCCCUACUGCCGCCGGCGUCCUUGCUGGCUUGGAGCCCUAUUCUGUUACCGCCAUGGGGACCGGCUUUUUUACCGGCUUUAUACCCGGCGGCUUUUCGAUCCGCCUUCCCAGGAUUGCUUGAUAGCAUGAAAAUGCCCGGUCAGCGACCCGGCUUCCAAAUAUCCGAUAUUCUCGGCUUGAAUGAGGCUAAAGGAUUGGAACCACCUCCUCAGGGAGGUUUAAGCGGCCUGGAGCUACCUCCGUAUGCUCCUCCGCAUCACAACUACUCUCAUGAACUGCUCCGACAUCAUCAGCCUUGGUUAUCACUAGAUCAGCAUGAUGGCACAGGUAUGCUUGGACAACAGGCGAGUCCUGAUAGUACUUCAAGAGCAUCUGAAUUAUCGUACGUCGGUCCGUCAGCAGCCUCACCCACAGUGACUGACCCUCGCCAUGACCACGACCUGGAACAGGACCACGAUCACGACAUCCACGAUCACAGUCUGGAACUAGACGAUGAUAAUGAUAAUGACCAACCUAACACAGCCUCCGAGUCAAAUCUAUCGCACAAGAAACGCAAACGCAGAGUACUCUUCUCGAAAGCCCAAACGUACGAGCUGGAACGACGUUUCAGGCAACAGAGAUACCUCUCAGCGCCAGAACGGGAACAUUUGGCGAGUUUAAUACGUCUCACACCAACGCAAGUAAAAAUCUGGUUCCAGAAUCACAGAUACAAGACAAAACGCGCGGUUCAAGAGAAAGGAGCUCAUGAUUUGAACGUCGGCGGUCUUAAUUCACCGCGCCGUGUUGCAGUGCCCGUUUUAGUGAAGGAUGGUAGGCCUUGCAUCGGAAAGCCAGAUGGCUUACCACCAUUGGGGAUGACGCUACCACCAUACCAACCAAUGCAUCACCAGCCGCCAGUCACAGGCCAUGGACCACAACCAGGUUGUUGGUGGUGA